CUGGGUUUCUUGAAAUCAAAACCCAGCGUAUCUGUUUUGGACAGUUGGGACUUUUCCCACUGCUUCUCUCUUCAAAGCCGCCCUUGUUGCUUAGAUCUGUCCGCUCCUCCAAAUCGCGGAGCGACGAAACCCUAACCCUAAAUUUCUCGCGAGGGUUUUAGCCAUGGCAGCGCCUGACGAGGGCGGCGGCGGCGGCAUGGAAUCGUCGGGGUUAUGUGACACUAGAUUUGAUGCAUCACAGUAUGCCUUUUUUGGCAACAAUGUGACGGAGGAGAUUGAACUAGGCGGAUUGGAAGAUGAUAGCGACAGGAAUGCUGCUUUCGUUGGACUCAAUGAUGUUGAGCACACACCUUCAUCUCAAGAGAAUGCGCUAGAGGCUGAAGAUAUAGGUUCAUUUUCAGAUGUUGAUGAUCUUGCUAAUACAUUCUCAAAGCUGGGAAGAUAUGUUAAUAAACCAAAGCACAUUGGAAUAAAGAAUCGUGGGGUUUCUUUUUCAAGAGAAAGUUCUACUGCAGCUGACUGGGCUCCAGAAUUUGAAUCCCCAUGCUGUCCUGAUCAGUAUGUGCAAGGUGCGAAGCAAGAGCAGGAUGGCAAUGGUUGGUGGUCUCAACAGCAUCAUUCUUCUCACUUUGUUGAUUCCAGGUUGCACAGAACAUCCUCAUCCCCUCAGCAACAGGAACAACACAAUCCUAAUGAACCUGUUCUUGGACCAAGGCCAUCUCCUUUGCACCGGACAUCCUCAUACCCACAAAAGGAGCAUCAAUACAAUCCUAUUGAAACCAUUCCUGCUCCAAAAUCACCAAACAUUUCACACCCUCCACCUGGUGGACAACCGCAUCAGAUGAACAUGCCACCUUUCAAUGAAUUUCAGAUGCAUAUGUCUGCACGAAAUGAAGCUCCAUUCUCCCAGUUCCCUCUUGGAGGGACACCUCCAGAGUCGUUAUUUGGUGGAAACCUGGGUCAUAUGGUUUCUACAGGCUUCUCAAAUAACAACAGUGGACAACAAAAUCUUCUGCUGAAUAAUGGACAAUUUCCUGGGGAACUUGCCAGGAUUAUGCCAAAUUUGGUGCAGAACCAUAUGCAAUGUCCAAAUGGAUUUGUGCCCCCUCAAAUGCUCCCAGUGCUCCAGCAGCAUGGAAGGCUCCCAAUUCAGCAAUCUCCGCAACACUUACCAAGAAUGCAGGCGCAGAUGUUUGGCCCCCAGCAUCCACCACGAAUGAUGAAUAAGUUUGAUAAUUUUGGGAUGCCUGAGUCGAGUGAUCCAAGAAUAAGAUCAUCAAUGCACCAUGGAAGGCAAGGUUACCGUGUUCCCCUCCAAGGUUCUGAAUUCAGUGUUAUGAGGAUGGAUAAUGGGAGACCAAGGUUUAGAUCCAAGUACAUGUCUACUGAAGAACUUGAAAACAUUUCAAGAAUACAGCAUGCCGCCACUCACAUAAAUGAUCCAUACAUUGAUGAUUACUACCACCAAGCUUGUCUGGUCAGAAGAUCUGUGGAUGCAAGGUUGAAGCACUUCUGCCCAACCUUGAUCCGGGAUCCAUCUUCUUGUGCACGCAGUAAGGAUGAGCCACAUGCAUACCUUAAGGUCGAUGCCCUUGGGAGGCUCCCAUUUUCUUCCAUCCGGAGGCCACGUCCACUUCUUGAUGUUGAACUAGCUUCUACAACUGAUGAUAACACUCUUGAAAGGUCUGUUUCAAAGCCUCUUGAUCAGGAACCUAUGCUAGCUGCUAGGAUCACUAUUGAGGAUGGCCUCUGCGUACUACUUGAUAUAGAUGAUAUUGAUCGCUUGCUGCAAUUUAACCAGCAGCAAGAUGGUGGUCUGCAACUUAGGAACAGAAGGCAGUCUCUCCUUCGUCAGCUGGAAGAAUCACUGCAGUUGGCUGAUCCACUAGGUCCUAAUAAAACCGCACAUUUGUCACCAAAUGAUGAUUUGGUAUUCCUUCGCAUAGUUUUUCUACCCAAGGGCCGGAAACUACUUUCACGCUAUCUCAACCUUAUGGUUCCUGGUAGUGAUCUGUCACGGAUAGCUUGCAUGGCAGUCUUCCGGCAUCUGCGAUUUGUGUUUGGUAAUUUGCCCUCUGAUAAUGGUUCAGCUGAGACAGUUACUAAACUAGCCAGUGCUGUAGCUGCAUGUAUUCGUGGGAUGGACUUAAGUGGCCUCAGUGCUUGUCUUGCAGCAAUUGUGUGCUCAUCAGAGCAUCCGCCUCUUCGACCCCUUGGAUAUGCUGCUGGUGAUGGGGCUACUGUCAUCAUAAAGUCUGUCUUGGACAGGGCGACGGAACUUCUUACUGAGCAGCUUGCUGCAUCAAACUACAGCGUUCCAAACCGAGCCCUAUGGCAAGCAUCGUUUAAUGCUUUCUUUGGGCUGGUUACAAAGUACUGCGUAAGUAAAUUUGACAGCCUUGUUCAUACAAUGCAUAAGCACCCUGCUGCUGCAACAGUGAUAAGCAGGGAACUGCCAAUUGAGCUUUUGCGUGCCAGUCUUCCUCAUACAGAUGAGCAACAGCGCAGACUAUUACUUGAAUUUGCCCAACGCACUGUGCCUGUCACUGGCCAUAGUUCUCACGGUGCUGCUGGUGGACCCAUGACAUCUGAAUCAGUCCCAAGCUAUGGUGGCCAGCAAACAUAAGUUGAAGCAUUGGAUACAGUUUUUCUUCUAUCGUAUAAAACUUGCACAAUGAAUUGAACAUUCCAUGUGCCUGUCCCACCACAAGAGAGGUCAAAGAUGUGACCCGUAAGGAACUCACGCUGCAAAUUAAGUUGAUUGGAGUAUGGGCAGGCUGGCAGUAAUCUGGAUGUAUGUUUCCAGGCUAGUCUUUUUCUCUGCGUUGUUGUAUCACACUGUCAGUUGAAUACCUUAUCAGGAAAAUUUCCUUCUACACGGCUGUGUUUUGUUGCCCAUAGGAGGAAACCCCUGCUGUAUCUAGGUUAGCGGCUGUACAGGUGUUCCUUGAAGACAACGUUCCUCGUUCUUCAGGGUUCUUGUUCGGUGGCUGUGAGGUAUUUCAAGCUGUAAUUGGUUUUUGUUUUCAAGUUUAAGUAGCAUCUAGGUAUGAAAGUUGUUUUACUUUGAGUUUGCUUCCAGAUUUUGCAGUCAUUUAAGCCCUCUAAAUGGUUGUGUUGGAAUUUGCUCCUGGUUCCGUAGCCUUCUCAUGGCUGGUAUUUUCCUGUUAUAUUUUUAAGUGAAUAACAUUAUAUUGUGAAGUGAUCAAAUUUGUAAUGAGCUCAUUGAAUUGAUCUCUAUAUAUCUUCCUCUUUGAUGAAGAGAUGUAUUUUCUGCUGG